CUGCGUGUUCUGCUUCUCUUCUUCUGCUCCCCGACCAGCCCCUCCAAGCCGUCGGCACCAGCCUUGGGAAAUCGGUGAGCUUGAUGAAAUUUCUCUUCCUUUCUUGUUAGAUCACAAGAUUUGGGGCUUAGAAUCUUCCCUCUCAACCCAGAAAAUCCUGGUUCUGCUCUGCUCUUCUCCCCUGUCCGCCGGCUGCUAUGUGGGUUUGAAUUCCUGGGCGUUUUUUGGCCGUGAAUUGCCCCUGCAAAUUGCCGCCGGCUUCUCCCCCCUGCUAGGCCUGGUUCUGCAGCUGCUAAAUUCUGGUUUUAAUCGUUCUGUCACCGUAGCACUUGGGUUAAGCCUUCUGUUUUGUGUGAGUAAGGAAGCAAAACUGAGGACGGGAAACCAAGGGGAGUGACGAGUUAGAAGGCUAGCCAUUUUGUAAAGUGAAUAUAGAUUUGAGAUAUAGAUCAUGAUCUUGUAAGCUAAAGUUUAAUCGGAGAUUUUAUACAUUCAUUUAAUGGAUUGUUAGUUUACAAAAGAUUUGAUCUCGAGAUUUUGAGCUUAAGUCAUGUUGGACAUAGAAUUAAUUUUGAGAUUUUCGAUCUAAGUUAUUGGAUCGUCAGAUGUGAAUUGGAUAAGUUUUGAGCCUUGUACAUUUGUGGGAUUCAUUCACGAGUGCACGGUGUCUGUCGUGCCUCGAAUUCGGGUUUUGAGGCGUGUGUGAUACCCCAAAAAUUUUUAGGAUAAAUAAACCAGUUUCUGCUCUUCUUCCCGCUGCAGCCCGAAGAAAAAAAAAGAAAGGGGAACCCAGCACCAGCCUUUGAGAAACCGGUGAGAUAAGCUUGGUUUUGGCCUUCUUUUCUUGUUCAAGAGCAAGAUUGGAGCCUUGAAAUCCUUCUUCCCCUGUUGGAAAAUCUAGAUCUGCUCUGUUCUUCCUUCCUCACCGCCGGCUGCUCCUGCUUUGUGGGUUGCGAAUUUCUCUGAUUUUGGUUUCCGUGAGCUUCCCCCCUGCACUGCCGUCGGCUUCUCUCCCCCUGCAGCUCCGGUUUCUACAGCUGGAGAAUUAUGGUUCCCAAUCAUUAUGUCAGUUAGCACUGAGAUUGAGUGCUCGGUUUUAUGCGAGUGAGCCUGUUUUGUCUCCGAUGUGGUCAUGUUAUUAGUGACCCUGCUAGUGGGGAUUAUACGCUAGCACAUGUCGACAUGUUAUUGAUAGAACCGGUUCGUUCAACCCUGCUAGUGGGGGUUAUACACCAGCAAAUCGUGUGCCUGCCAGUAAGAGGUUUAUAACACUGGCCGUGACCUAUAGAGGAGACGUCUAUUUCGUUCCCGUACUGUAUCUGUUUUUCGUUAUUGUACUUGUUGGCAUGCUUUAAGUUUGAUAAGGGGCACUACAUAUUUUACUUACUAAGUUUAUCUCAUAGGUUUUCCUUGUUCACUAUUUCAAGAAGCGAAAUUGAGGACAGGGAAACCACGGGAAGUGACAAGUUAGAAGGCUAGCCAUUUCGAGAUUGAUAUAUAUUCUAGAAAUAAAUCAUGAUCUUGUAAACUAGAGUGUAUUUGGAGAUUUUAUCAAAUCAGAGCAGAUUAUAAAAUUUGAUCUUCAGA